AUGAGUCAUAAGAAAGAUUGGAGAGAGACAAAAACAGUCCUCCUUAUUGAAGAGUGCAGUGCAAUCAUUCAAAACAACUUACCAGAGAAGCUUAAGGACCCUGGAAGCUUUAUGAAACCAUGCACUCUAGGUGAUGCUUGUACAAGGACAACUCAAUGUGACCUUGGAGCAAGCAUCAACCUAAUACCUGCUUCAUUAAUAAAGAAGCUUUGCUUGACUGAGGAAGUCAAACCAACCCGCAUAUGCCUUCAACUUGCUGAUGAUUCUAUUAAGAUACCAUCAGGAGUAAUCGAAUACAUGAUUGUCAGGGUUGGACCCUUUGCUUUUUCUUCUGACUUUGUGGUGUUGGACAUGGACGAGCACAAGAGUGCAUCCCUGAUUCUAGGGAGACCCUUCUUAAUUACAGGAAGAACCCUCAUUGAUAUUGAAAAAGGGGAAGUAACCCUGAGAUUCAAUGAGGAAAAGUUCGUACUGAAUGCUGUAAAAGCCAUGCAGCAUUAA